CAAUUAGCAACCAGGACCAUUCAGGGCCCAACGAUGCCACAGCAGGUCCUCUCUCCAGCCACAACAUGGACGAGGCGCCCGUCACGCGUUACAACGUGCAGAACCUGGUGCCUGCCAACGGCUUCCUGGCCAGCUCUCCGAUCACAGACGCCGUCGGCGGACACGGCGCGCUUUACCAGGCCAACACGGUCGGGGCGCAGCACGCGUCCGCCGGCCGGCGCAUCCUGCUCUCGGAGCCGGUGCUGGGGCCAUUAGACGGCUGGUCUUCCAAGAUCAAAGAUGAUGGGACCAGCUUACCCAGCACACAUACAGGGCAUCAGAUGCCACCAUGGUUCACAGCUGGUGGACAGGGCACCUGGACCGAAAUCUACAACGGCAGCAUCUCCCGUGGCGACAAGCCAGUUACACAGGAGCAACAAACCCGUACGGAGGACGUACCAGGCCGGCGCCGAGGUCAGACACGCCUGCCAUCGCUCCCCAAGAGCGACACCAGACCUGCAUCGGCCAUGGCCCCGUCGCGGCCGCCAGUCGCCGACCAACACGUCACAAGGAAGCCCCUGUUGUCUGCAGACCAAGUGCUGUCUGAUGAGCCAGCAGUCACCGGUCUGCUCUCUCAGAACGUCUCGGCCGCCAUCUGGACGGACCUGGUGGGCGGUGGCGACUCUGUGCCGGCGCCUCCCGGGGACCCACCCCUGGAGCCUCUGGUGAGCCGACUGACUCAGCUCGGCUCCCAGUUCGUGCAGGGCGAGCCGGCUCCGCCCCAGGCCGGCCUGCCGGAGCAACUGCUGUGGCUAAGGGACCGGCUCGGUCAGCUCGACGGCCCGGACGCUCUGGAUGUGGUGGUCGGAGUCGGCGCCAAUCUCGUGGCCUCGCAUCUGGAUAACGCCGGCACGCGGCGUCGCGCCGGUGGGGACCUGCACGAGCCAGUGUGCCGCUGUCCCGAGUCGUCGGUGACGCCGGGCGUGCUGGCGGCGCUCACCUCGCUGCUGGCUCUGCUCAUCUACGCCGGCUCGCUGGCCACGGUGGCAGCGACGAGCGGAACAACCACUGCCACUUCCACGUCCACGGCCACCGCCCGCUCGCGAUCAUCACCGGCCAGCCUGCCCGGUCUGCGCCCGAUGUCGACCCUGCUGCUGCGGUGGCUGGACGGGACGGUAUCACCCGACCGGUGCCACUCCGCCGGGCUGUGCCGACCGCACCGGCUCGGCACCGGCCGGCGGCUCGAGCAGCUCGGCGUGCCCAUCAACGUACGCAAACGGCGGCCCGGAGCCGACUCCAGGCGCGACGGCCGUCUCACCUGGCCGGAGCUGUUCGACUCGCUCGCCAGCGGAACGACAACCACCACCGCACCAGCACGGGAGACCGGACACACCGCACGGCCGGUCGGCCGGUCAGGUCACCGGGACGGCGUCACCCAGAAAUCUGUGCUGGUGACAGAGGAUCCCGGAGUCGAUCACUCCUCUGGGCAGGGAGGGAUAGACGGCGGAGAGCACGUAGACCCGCCAGUGUCCAAGCAGAAGGAAAAAUUGAACGGAACGACUGCCAAAAGCGCUGAGUCGGUACCUGUCUUGUGGCAAACAGCGGGUCAGUCUUCGACUGACCGACUCCUGGAGACGUCUCCAGUCCAACCGAUCAAGCUACGACCGGCACAGCGGCGCCACCCCGUCGAGUCUCGGCCGGUACAGAGGCGCUCUCACACAGAGUCGCGGCCAGCACAGCGACACCCCUCUGCAGAGCCGCAGCCGGCACAGCGGCGCCCUCUUGCAGAGCCGCGGCCAGCACAGCGGCGCCACCCGGCCGCCAGCCACCGCCGCUGGCCCAGCCUCGGCCGAUUGUUAGCCUGGCUGGGCCGCAGGCAGCCCAGCCUAGCACAAACCGUACGGAGGGGGCAGCGGCUGGUGCUGGUCAGCCGGCAAACGGCCCGAGCCCGUCAGAUGGGGAUAUCUGCUAACCACACGACAAGUUCCCGGAGUUAUCCAUCCGGAGAGAUGGUGCUGCAUCCCAGGGGAAUGGUACACACCUUGAGGGUGCGGGCUCCUCUCAGGCAGAAACCGCGCCUUGGAGCUGUGCUGCCCCAUUGGCGUAGAGCGGGGACCUCCCGACAGAAAGGUGCUCGCGCAAAUGUCAUGGCGCCGCGUUCGACCGGACAUCGGCCCCUGAUACCACCGCACCGCUCUCAGCCAAUGAGUCGACUUCGGGGGUCCUCUCGACGACGGCGGCCUCGCAAACAGACGGCUCGAACAACUACUCGUGUCCAAGGACAGGUUCCAGCCGUUUCCACUGCGAAAGGCGAUAUACAGAAAAACAAUAAGAACGAUACCGCUAUGCCAUACAGUCAAAUUCGCAACCAAACAACGAAUAAGGCACAAACGAAAAUCGCUUCAAAGGGACAACAGAAGGCCAAAAAGAAGCCCGGGCUUAAUAUCAAUCUGAAUCUGAGCCUUGACAAUCUAAGAGCAAAACUGAAGUCAAGUUUCCGACGAAAGAGCAAACCAAAAGGCCACAUCAAAUCAAACAAGAAGCCAAAAACCCCGAAGCCCUAUGGGAAGCGAGUUAUGUGCGACUGCAAGUCGAACCUCGGCGACCUGCUCGGUUUCCUGCCGCUGGCUCUGCUGGUUGGCUACUCGACCUCCGUGUCCACGGCGGCAGCAGCGUCGUCCGGCGCUUCUUCCGGCAGCGUCACCGUCACCAUCAACGAUGCCGACACCACCACCAUUGCCAACACCAACAGUCCCACACUGACCAACACGGACAACGACGUUAUCACCACGGCUGCCAACGCCAACCCGGUCAACACCAACACCAACACGCUCACCAACAAUGACAACGACGUCAUUACCAACACCAAUACGGCGACCAACAACGGCCGCUCAGCUUCCGCGCCUCGCACUGCAGCGGUGGUGAGGACUCUUCUCAGUCUGGUGUCGGCGCGCAGCUGGCGCCACGAGCCGUGCUUCCAGCGCCGCCUGUGUGACCUGGUGGCCAGCUCUGGGGCGGACCGGCCGCUGCUCGCCAUCGCCAGCGUGCCGGUGAGCCUGCUGCUCUCCUCCCACCGUGGCGGCCGGUUCGACGAGUAUCAGCGGCUCUUCUCCGCCGGUCUGGGCGGCACCUGCCCGACAGAGCUCGCGGAGACGUGUCACCAACCUGCGGGGAUGACUGGAAGACAGCCUGCGAUCGAUAAACUCCACCAAAGCAACGGGGAACGACGCGUUAGCGAUGACCCGCCUCCAAAGACCAGUCAGCUUUGACAGGGCAGUGUUGAACUAAAUACAAACAUACAUACAGAGCCAUUUAGGGGACCGAGCGGGCAGGACGUUACCAGUCGCACAAUACGUCUGUUGCGAUUUAAAUGCGUGUUCGAGUGCGAUCAGUGGAAAAUGCAUGCCAUUGCUGUAGGUAGGCAUGCCAUGUUAUCACACCACUUUGUUCAUUUUCAGUGUUUUGUUUUUGUUUGUUAUAGGCUUCAGAGGACUCGAUCUUACGUGGAUAUUGCCGGCGUUGCCCUACCUCCAUUUCGUUUACCUUUUCGUUAAGUUUAAAUGUUUUUAGUUUUGUCAAGUGCGAUCAUACCAUUUUGGGCAUUAUGUUGGUCGAUGUGCACAUGCGCUUGUUUGUGUUUGUUAUGUUUUAUUGUUGAAUUCUGACGCCACAGCUCGUAAAUGUGAAUUGAACGUGUUGCUCGAGGUUAAUAAAAGUUCAAGAUUAAA